AUGCUGGUGCUGCCGAAUGGUACCUGCCACCGACGACACCUGGCACCUUCCCUUCCAUCUCCCCUCCCCUUCAAUCUCCCCUCCCCUUCCAUCUCCCCUCCCCUUCCAUCUCCCCUCCCCUUCGACCUCGUCCGGCUGAUUUUCCCUCUUCCUGCGAGCCAGAUGGCUGCCUCCUCCCGCCCACCGUCGGCUCCCGUCUCGCCUUCGACCUGCCGACACCCUCGCAAGCUUCACUCGCUUCGUUCGCCGGGAAUGACAUGCUCGGGUCCGCCGCCGUCCGUCAAGAGCCCAACCGACAAGCACCAGGGCCGGCUCCGCACGGCCUCUCCGAAUCACGGCCAUGGCAAGCGUCCGUCGAAACCGCCCGGCUCCCCGUCAACUUCGCGGCCGCCGCCCAAGAAGCCCUCGCCGCCGGGUCGUGCUGAGUGGGCCGAGUGGCGCCAGCUGACUCUCCGGCUGGACAACCUGCCGCUCGACGUCACCAUGGGCCAUCUCUGGAGCUGGUUCUCGUCCGAGGGGACCAUCGUCUGGAUGGACAUGCAGGACGCCGCCAAGGGCACCCGCGGCACCAUGUCCGCGCGCAUCCGUUUCGAGCCUCCGCCGAGGAGGGCCUUCUGGGCCGCCGGCACCAUCGUCGUCUGGCACCCCGACGUGCGCAAUUAUCCCGGCGGCCUCUUCCUCCGAGCCUCCGUCAGCCAGGAGGGCUCUCGCGGGUGGUUCGUCAGCGGAAGCGCGCCGCACCAGCGCCGGUACCCCGUCAAGAUGACGGCUCCUCUGCGCCAGCUCGACUUUGGCACCCUGGUGGCGCCGGCGGCCAUGAUGGUGAUAAAGUCCCUUCGCCCCUGCUCCGCCCCGGGCGUCGACAUGGAGCUCGAGCUCGACGUCGGCCACCGGCGUCUCACCGUUCGCUUCCCCGUCGACACGAAAUCCAAAGACGGCGAGGGCGUCCGCCAGUUCUGCUUCCGUGUGGACCUGUCGAGCGUCAAGAGGAUGCACCAGUCGACCGAGGGCGGAAACGCCAUCUGGAUCCUUCCCCUCUCGCGCCCUCCCCACUACUACUGGAAGGUCGAGGACGUGGCGUCGACCUUUGGCGACGACGACAGGGCCUGGAGCUCCGGCGACCUCUGGUUUCGAGCCACCGACAUCGUCCGGGACGCCGACGCGCCCAUGAAGCACCCCGUCGCCGUCCACAGCGACAUCGACGACCCGGGCCGCAUCGACAUCGGUCGCUGGACCGCCUUCCGCCUCGUUCUCGAAGCCCACCCGACCCGGGGCCGCGUCGAGUCCCCCGACCUGCUCCUAUCGGCCCUCGAGGACUUCAAUGUCUCGGUCCGACGCUGCGCCGACUUCGAGCUGCGCCCGCCGGGCCCGAGCGUGUGGCACUACUUGAACCACCCACCCAUUCCCCGGGGCCACCCGGCCUCGGCCCUGCUCGAGCUCUCCGCCGCGCCCGUCAUUCACCUCGCCUUCGAGGUCCGAUACCAGCUCGAGGUUUGCGUCUCGCGCGGCAUCCUGAACGAGUACACCAUGACGCCCGGCUUUCUGCGGAAGCUCGCUGCCCUCGAGACCCUCGACGCCACCCGUCGGCUCGAGUUCCUCGUCGACCAGAACGAAGCCGUCCACGACCCCAUGGAGCUCUUCACCCACGCCGACGCCGAGGCCUACAUGCCGAAUCUUCGCAUCCCUCACUACUGCGCCGUCGUCCGCAAGGUCGUCGUCACCCCGACGGCCGUUCGGUGCAACUCGCCGACGGUCGAGACGUCGAACCGCGUCAUGCGCAAGUACAACCACAUCCAGGAUCGCUUCCUGCGCGUCCAGUUCAUCGAGGAGGCCGAGCAGGGACGCAUCGCCAUCAACAGGAAGCAAAGCGACGACAUCUGGAAGCGCAUCCUCCGAACCCUCUACCAGGGCAUCCGCAUCGGCGACCGCGUCUACGAGUUCCUCGGCUUCGGCAGCUCCCAGCUCCGCCAGUGCGGUGUCUACUUUUACUGCCCGACCGAGCACACCUCCUGCGACGACAUCCGCCGCUGGAUGGGAGAGUUCACCCACAUCCGCGUCGUCGCCAAGUACGCCGCCCGCCUCGGCCAGUGCUUCUCCACGACGCGCGAGAUACGCGGCAUCUUCGAGCCGAGCGUCAAGACCAUAGCCGACGUCGAGCGGGACGGCCACUGCUUCACCGACGGCGUCGGCAAGAUCUCCCCGUUCCUCGCGAGCCUCAUCAUCGAGGAGAUGACCCUCGACGUCUUCGACGAGCCGACGGCCUUUCAGUUCCGCAUGGGCGGCUGCAAGGGCGUCUUGACCGUCAGCCCCGACGCCCAGGGCAUGGAGGUGCACGUUCGACGGUCGCAGGAAAAGUUCAAGGCGGCCACCAACUGCCUCGAGGUGAUCCGCUGCGCCAAGUGCUCGACGGCGACGCUCAACCGGCAGACCAUCACCAUCCUCGAGUGCCUCGGCGUCCCGGUCGGCGCCUUCCAGCGCCUCCUGGACCGGCAGAUACGAGAGUACCAGCAGGCUAUGAGGAGCAACGCCGUCGCCGUCGGCCUGCUCACCAAGUUUGUCGACGAGAACCAGUCGACGCUGAUCCUCGCCGAGCUGCUCAAGGCCGGCUUCCGGACCGACGACCUGCAGGAGCCCUUUGCGCUGAACCUCCUGAACCUCUGGAGGUCGUGGUCGCUGAAGCUCCUGAAGGAGAAGGCGCGCAUCCAGGUCGAGGAGAGCGCCUUUGUCAUCGGCUGCGUCGACGAGACGGGCACCCUCCGCGGGCACUCGGCCGCCACCGAAGGCUCUCCGGCCAAGGACGUCGACAGGCUGCCGCAGAUCUUCCUCCAGCUCACCGACCCGGCGCGCCGGCACGACGGGACCGUCACCGUCGAGGGCACCUGCAUCGUCGGCCGAAACCCAUCUCUCCACCCGGGCGACAUCCGCGUCGUGCAGGCCGUCGACUGCCCGGAGCUGCGCCACCUCAAGGACGUCGUCGUCUUUCCCUCGAAGGGCGACCGGCCGGUGCCGAACAUGCUCUCGGGCGGCGACCUCGACGGCGACGACUUCUUCGUCAUCUGGGACCCCACCCUGAUGCCGAGAGAAUGGAACUUCCCGCCCAUGAGCUACGCGCUGUCGAAGCCCCUGACGCUGUCGAGGGACGUCGAGGUCAACGACAUUCGGGACUUUUUCGUCAAGUACUUGAAGAACGACGUGCUGCCGCUGAUCGCGACGUCGCACCUCGCCCUGUGCGACGAGUUCCCCGACGGACCCAAGUCGCAGACGUGUAGGUGCUCCCACGGCCGCGCCGCGAGCCGCCCUUUGCUAACACGACGUCGCGCAGGCCUCCAUCUCGCCGAGCUGCAUUCCAAGGCCGUCGACUAUCCCAAGACGGGCGACCCGGCCGAUUGGAACACCAAGCUGCAGCCGAAGCGGUGGCCUCACUUUAUGGAGAAGAAGAACUCGUACAGGUCGAAGCGGGCGCUGGGCGUCAUCUACGACAAGGUCGUCAAGCAGACGAUCCAGUUCCUGCCCGACUGGGAGCACGCUUUUGACCAGCGCAUCACCGGCAGAUUUGAGCUCGACGAUGGCAUGCUCGAGGAGGCGAGGCGGAUCAAGCGGCAGUACGACAUGGCCGUCCGCCGCAUCCUCACGCAGCACGACGUCGAGACCGAGUUCGAGCUCUACACGGGCUGGGCCAUGUCCCGCCCGGCGAUUGGAAGCGACUACAAGCGACAGGAGGACCUCGGGCGCGAGUACGACGCGCUCAAGUCUCGGUUCCGCGACAUGUGCUACGAGGCGGCCGGCGGCAGCGGAGUCAAGACGAUGGAAAGGUUCGUCGCAGCCAUGUACACGGUCACGGAGCAAGAAAUAAAAAUUGCGCUGCUCGAACACCACGGCGGCGCAAGCGACGACGGCGGCAAGCAUGAGCAUGGCAAGGGUGGCGGAGGCAGAGAGGGCAACGGGCGUGGUCCCCGUCAUGAGCUCAAGGCAAAGUCGAUGCCGCUCAUCAGUUUCCCGUGGAUAUUUCACCGCAUCAUGAUCCGCAUCGCGACAGGCGAUGGGCAGAAGCCGACAAAGUCGCUGCUGGCCGCGGCGCAAAGGAAAACACGCGGCGCCGCAUCGAUGCCGUCUCCCGGCCCCGCCAGCGGCGAAGUUCCCGGCAGAGCCGCGGCGCCGCCCCCUGCACGGGACGGUUGCGCCGAUGCCUACGCGGGGUGCGCGUUCCUCGAUGUCGAUGACUUGCUGGGAUUUCCCGUCGUCGAUGACGGGGGCGAGAAGCUGGGGGCCACGCACGUGGAUGACGGCGAAGACUUGUUGGAACUUGAGGAGCAGGGAUGCGACGACGAGGGGCUGAUGACGCAGAGCCGCGAAGAUAUCAGCUUUGACGACGACUCGGAACUGGACAAAGUAGAGGAGGUCGAGGUAGAGGCCGAGGAAGGGGAGAGCGGCCCUGCCAUGGACCGGCUCGCUGCCCUGCUUGGAUUCGACGAUGACGAUUGA